GGCGGGGAUUCGGCGAUGGAACUCUCCGAGCUGCACGUUCCGAGAUUGCAAUAUUAACAAUGCUGUUGAGGAAUUCAUUCAACACAUUUAAGCAAUUCUUUGGAUCUCAACUGCCUUUGUCUAUCAGUUAAAAUGGUCCAAUGGCAUUCCUACCAUUGUUUGAUCUUACUAUAUGUUGGGUAUUGUAAUGUAAUUAUUUGUACAAAGAAAUUGCAUACCUUAAAUCAGCAACACUUCAUCAACAUUCUACAGUCAGGAAAAACAUCUUUAAUAUAUUUCAAAAAAACAGCAAAUCCAGCAAUCAGACAUUUUCUUGAACAACUCAAAAAAUCAUCAGAAUCACUUGAAGAGUAUGGCAUCACAGUGGCUCAGGUUGACUGUGCCAUAGAAGCAGUACCAAAAUACUGUGAAGAUGAAGAUAUCCUGAAGAAAGCAUACCUUUUCCAGGGUAAUCUAUUGCUUAGGAGUUUUGCAACUGAUACAUUGUUUGACGUGGAUGCAAUUGUAGCAAAUAUAUUAUUUAUUUUGCUGUUCAAUGAAAUAAAGUAUGUAUACUCAUUGAUGGAUCUUCAUGACAUUGAAAAUGAUAUGAAAGGACGUGGUGACAUCAUCUUUACAUUUGUACGAGCAAUCGGUGUUCCAGAACAUAGAGCCAUUAUGGAAACUGCUUUUGUUUAUGGUACUAAGUAUCAGUUUGUAUUGACCACAGAGCAGAGUGUUUUGGAAGGCUUGGAGUCGAUACAUAGGAAUGGACCAUGGGUGGUUCCGGUUUCUUCCAGUCCAGGCCUGAAAGAUCCAGAUACGUCUUCAGCCAGACUUUGGUUCUGCCAUUGCAAGAUGGCUACCGAUAAGAAUCAGCCAUGCAAGAGGACCUAUUUUAAACAGCCACUAACUACUGUGAAUAUACAUUCCUACCUUAAGAUAUUGGAGGCCCCGCUAGUGGCAGAGAUUAAUCUUCCACCAGAGGAAGUAUCUACAAUUCAUGUACAGUUAAAGCUGCCAGUUGUGUUUCUUUUUACACAAAGAGAAACCUAUGAACAUGACAGAAUAACUGCCGAAUCUGUCGCAUGGCAGCUACUGGGAAGCGCAGGAGUUGUAUUAGUGUCAAGGAUCCAGCUGCAUCCUAAUGUGCCAGCAGAUGUCACUGUAGGCUACAGACCUGCUGGAGGGGACUUACCCAUCAAUUAUUUGGUGAUAUCAUCUGUUGAAGAAAUUGUCGAUCUUGUCAAAGGUGAAGUGAAAAAUGUGUCCAGCGGCGUUAAAGAUGAAGAAGAGGAAAAUGAAGAUUUGGAUUUCAUAGGUAUUCAAGAUGAUGAAGUGGCAGAAGCCAUCAGCGCAUACAUGUGGAAAGAGCAUGAUCUAGGCUUAAUUCAAGCACUAACAGACAUUAGCUUUCCUACAAUCUUAGAAACAAUUCCCCACGUGGUGGUGCUGUUCUACACUGCUUGGGAUGCUGUUUCCAUGGCAUUUUUGCAGUCCUAUGCAGAAGUAUCAACCAGACUUGCAGAUAUGAAGGACCUUGUACUGACUCGAGUUAACUGUGGAGACUGGCCAGUUGUUUGUUUGAAUGAAGGCGUUACACACUUUCCGACUGUCAAGAUAUAUACUCAAGGUGAUAGACCCUUACUCUACACUGGAAUGCUAGGAGUACACAGUCUAUUAAAGUUCAUUAUGCUGAGCAGAAUACCUACUCCCGUUCUGUUGACGUCAACAGAAGAUGUUGAAGCCUAUCUAAAAGGAGAUUUACACAGUGAUCUCAAACCACAAUGGAACAUUCCUGUUGUAGGAUUAUUCAGCUCAGAAAUGAAAGAAGAGUCAAACAGCACGGAAACACAAAAAGAAAAUGAUGCCUUUAUUGAAGCUGCAUAUUCCCUCAGGGGCACAAUGGUAUUGAGAAUGUACAUCCAGAAAGAUGCUAUCUAUCUCUCUCAAAAGUUUGGUGUGGCUCUACCAGCUCUGGUGUUUGUUAGGGAUGAAAAAUCUGACAUAGAAGCCAUUCAUCUUGAAAAGCCUAGCAAAGAGGACAUUGUAUCUGCAGUCAAGAGUGCCAUGUUGGAAACAUUUCCUGAAGUCACAGUGGAAAAUUUUCCUUCUUAUUUCCAUCCUAUUAAACCAUUACUCAUUCUUUUCAUUGAUAAUGAUGACACCAAGACUUCGAAAGCUAGAAAUGAGCUUGAACAACUUACCAAGUUAAGAGAUGCGCAGACAUAUACCACAUGCUGGAUUGAUUUACGAAAGACACAUGUCGGAAAAGAGAUUCUUCAAGUAUAUUUGAACUACCUCCCACAGCUGCCAGCACUGGUCUUAGUGCAACUCAGCUGUCACGGCCAUGUGUUUGUGUUUCCGGAAGGAGAGCUGAUAUCAACGGUCGGUGUGCUACAUUGGUUAGAGAAGGUACAAACAGGACAGGAGAUUCCAAAAUAUAAUCUGCAAAGAAAAGAGUGGACACCCCCACGAGCUACUUAUGAUUUUCUGGCCAUCAUGGAUAUUGUACGUCCUGGAUUUGCAAAGCAGAGGAUACCCAAUUCUGCAAACCAAGAAAAACCCUGUGAACAGGAGGAAAGUGAGACUGAACAUUUGCAUGAGAGUGGUGAGGAAGAAGUUCAAAGUGAAUUCGUUGCAACAUCUCAAAAUGUGCAAGGAACUCCUACACAACCAGAUAAGCAAAAGAAAAUGCAGCAUGAACUUCAUAAUGAACUAUGAUCAGAAAUCGCAGUUCAGUAAGUGGAUAGCUCUGAGACUGUUGACCAGCUAUACUGAUUCUAGCAGCUAAGGCACAGUGGUAUUUGCUUCUGGAUGUUGUUAUAGACUUUAUCAGCAGAAGGUGCAAAUUACUAUCAGAAGCUGAUUGUGCAACAGUAACUGCACACUUCAGUUAAUCCUGUACUGCUUAACAUUUCCUGCAUGAGCCAGACAAAAUAAAGCAGUCAGUUUUCAUAAUAAUGUAUAUUUCUGGAUUUCAACUAAUUCCAUAAUUCUUUAGUAGUUUAUUUUGUUACUCAUCCGAAAUUAGAAAGAAUUUAGUACAGUAUGCUUCAGUAAAUUAAAGCAGCAAAAAUGCCAGUCUUUUGUAUGUCUUGAAUAUUAUUGUACAAGUUGAUUUAACAUAUUUUACAGCAAGCCUCUCAGUCCAAAGUGAAGACUCGAUUACUUAUAACUAUGGCUCCAGACCAUGUGAAUUCCUGCAUGUACUCAAGAUCCCCUAUUCGACUCCUUUCAAAUUUCAGUAAGUGUUUCAGAGUCUGACUCUUGUAUUUUAGGCAGGUAAAAUUGAUCUUUAAUAUUGAGCUGAUGUGUGGUAUACAUUGGCAGGAUAGGAUUUGUUCUUUCUUCACCCAAAUUAUAGCAAUAUAAGCCAGUUUUAACUGUUCACAGAAUAUUGUGCUUUUUGAAAUUUUAUU